AGUAUGUUGGAUCUUUCUCUGUUAAAGAUGGGGACAAAAAGAUGCCCAUUUCUGAACAAAAAAAAUUUGUGGAUGCCAAGCUGAAGAACAGUACAAAGGUGAAUUAUUAUGUUAUCUCUUCUAUAUUCUUUAACAUGUAUAUGUCCUAAUUAGCCGCAAUAUUUGUACUGUAAGCGGAAAAACUGUAAGCAAUUUUAAGUCGUAUGUUGAAUUGAUUUGUACAAGAUGGGAUUAAUACAGAAUUGCAACAAAACCUAGAAAUGCCAAUGUGAAUAGAAAUUGAAAGUUUAGACAUAACAUAUUUUAUGGUGGAUGAGAAGAGAGAAAGAGGUCAAUAAAUCGUUAAGUCAAGAAGAAAUCAAGACCUAUACAGCACAAUACAUCAAUUUGAUUAUUGCGUGAGGUGUGCAUCUCCAUUAGGGAUCUAUCUAGUAUCUAUUAGUUGUAGUAUAUAUUAACAAGUUAAAAUAUAUCUUGUUAAAAUACAGUUCAGGAAGAAAACAAUCUUUCGGAAUUGUGCUCUCAGAUUUAAUAUGUGAGAAAGUUGGCUUUUGUUAAUACACUACAGUACUACACGAGAAGUUUCAACACCAUUACCAGCCCAAAGAUGUAGAAACAUCAGGAAAGCGUAAACUGUUAAUUCCUGACACGCUGACCGUGGUGCUAGUCCAUUCAACCAAACUGAAUCCAAUCGCGUUUGUUCUCCGCGAUGUUUUCCGGGUAGUAUGUCAAGAACUGAAUCGAAAACUGCGCGUAAAAGUACAGUGCUUGUUCAGCAGCAAUACAAAAGAUGAUCUCACUGGCCAGUCAUCAAGAAAUAGCACAGGUACUGCAGACAACGUGGAUGUAAAUACUCAUUCCGACGAUGUACCGAAGUAAGCUCAACAUCGACCGUUUGAAAACGUGUGAAGAGCGUUCGUGGGCGUUCGUCACUUAAAUUAACUGUGCUUAAAUCAUUAAAAGUGCUUUUAGGUCAUCCGAAUGGGCAGUGGCGUGCUGGGUACUAUUUUUCUGGGGAGGCCAGUCGGCUGGCAACUAAUAUGCGCCCCUAUAAUAUUACCCUUGAUAAACGAGGGCCGAAGGCACGAGCCGAACGCCGCAGGUGCGAGGUUCGCCUAGGGGGGUCCGGGGGCAUGCCCCCCAGGAAAAUUUUUGAAUUUAGAGUCUCUGGAAUGGCAUUUCCUGGACUUUGGGGGAAGAUUUGACAGAAAUCUGAUGGUCAGGAAACGGCAUUACAACGUGUUGAAAUUUGAAAAUUGGUUAGAAUUUAGUAGUCGCACUUAAAUUGGGCAAUGCUAACUGCUUCCAGCAAUUAAUCUAAUCCCAAUUCUAUUCUCUACUGAUCUGAAUACAUUUACAAUUUACAGCUCUUUUAUACAAUAACACACGAACCCCACGCAUAUGCAUUUUAAGGUUUCCUUGCCUGGCUGCCAAAAGGGCGUGUUUCAUCAUUAUCUCAUUACUUACAUUACUCAUAAUGUUUCUUGCGCAAACAACUAAAUUGCGUACACAACUUUACAUUAUCAUAACUUCAACUAUCUAAUUUGCGCCGCUCUCGUGAUUCGUGAAGCAUAAUAAAGGCAUAAUAUAAGGGUAUAAUACCAGCAAAAAAGGGCAUAAUUCCCGUGAUCGCUUCGAAGCCUGGUCAAUAUUCCGAUAAUGAGACAUUGCGUGUGAUCACUGAUCAUGUUUCUAUAUGAACGAGUGAUUUCGUGUGAGUCGUGAGGUAGCAAAUACGGUUAGACAAAAUAGUCUGCAAUUUAAUAUACUCACUUUGUCGCAUAUGCGCUUAGUCUGUUUAUAAGUCUAUAAACACAUCUUUCCUUGGCGGAAUUAGUAACUAUAUUUUUUCGAAUGCGUUUCUUCCCACCUACUUUCAAAAUUCGGCGCGGGAUCGGCGCCCCCUUUUCAUUUUUGCGCCCCCCAAAAAUUGCCAGCCCCCUGGCCCCCCCUGCCAGCACGCCACUGCGAAUGGGAAUAUUGUGACUCGAAACCCUACAAACGAAAAGUGGCUGGACCACAGUGACGAACGCCCUGCACACGUUUUCAAACCGUCGAUGUUGAGCUUAAUACUUUUAUAUAGUACAUCAUCAGAAUCAGUAUUUACAAUUUUACAUCCAUGUACGUUAAUUGUUUGCAAUUAUCCUGUGCUAUUUCCUGACGACUGGCCAGUGAGAUCAUCUUUUGUAUCGCUGCUGAAUAAGAAAAAAUAGCCACGAUCGAUGUUCAAGAUAGAUCGAGGAUUAGAUAGCAACAAUAUUGAAAUCAACAAAUACUACGGUUUUCCACUGACUUGGUAUUGACCAAUCAGGUGAUCGCAUUCACCGUCCAGAAUCUGAACGGCGUGUAGUCAUGAAAGGGGAGCUUUCCUGCAGGCCCUUAAGCCCGUUCUCCACUACGCGAAUUUGUUCGCGCGACGCGAAGCGAAAACCGAAAUCCGGCAACGUGAUUGAUCCGCGAAAAAUCUGUUCGCGCGAAUAAAUUCGCCUAGUGGAGAACGGGCUUUAAUCCUCCCCCGGAGCCCGCCAAAAUCCUGCCCGCUGCAAAUCAGGCCCCCCAUAAAUUUGAGGGCCUGCCACGCAGGCUAAGUAACACCACAAACAUCACAUUCACCUGAGUACAUAACACCAACACACACAAAAAGUAACAUUAUUGUCAAUUGUAAAUAAAAUUGUUUAUUUAUUAAGAUCAAAACUAGAACAAAACAAUAUUUUCAUCAUUUACUUCUUGUCUCCAUGUUAAUAUCCAUGAUCAGCUUGCUGCAUAAACACACUCAACAUUUAGCGAAACAGAAUCCAGAGCGUUUUAAAGGUUGCUCACUGUUAAGUGUAAAAGAGGACUGCCAAAAUUACUUACUGUGAUUAGUGAAAACAGUUGAGUCACCCAUAGACUAUACUCAAUUACAUGUGAAGAAAAUAUUAAAUAUGGUGGAAAACGUGUGGUGAAACUGACAUGAAGCUGAAAUGAAUGAGAUAAGAAUUGCUACAGCAUAAAAGAUGAAGUACUGUAGACAAACGAAUUGGGAAAAUUUGUACAUUACAGUAAUUAACACACCCUAUACGUACAGUAACAAGAUCAUUUUUUAUUUUACAGAAACUUUUGGACGGAAUGCCAGUCUUCAUUGAAGUCUCUCCUGACGGUAUCCAGGUCUUAGCAUCUGAUGAGAAGGUUCAGUGAUGUUUUUGGAUUUUAUUGAAUUGGAUUGUUAUUUCCUUUGGUCCUUUUGUACUGUUGCUAAUUGUUGACUAAUUAAAUAUAAUUACUGAUUAUGUACUAAUUCUAUUUCGGUACUUAAACAUAUACUAAUGUUUAAUUUAAUUCUUCCAGACAGUCAAAAUGGCGCACACACUUCGCCGUAUUUCGUACGCUACGGUAGAAACUACGAACAAACUAUUUGCUUAUGUCAGUCAUCAACCUGGGACUGACAUGGAAGUUGUGUGUCACACGUUUGUCACAAAGAAAAGAGAUCAUGCGGAAGGAUUGAGUGCAGCUCUUGGGAAACUUUUUAAACAAACGUUUGCAUACACUUUGAAAAGAAGAGAUAAAUUGGAAGAGGCUGCCCAGAAAAGGGGAGCCGGGCGACGCUGGGCGAAACAACAGGUGCGGUCUUUUGGAAUUAAAACUGCAUGAAAACGUACUGUACGUACCUGAUUCAUACGAACUCUCUCCAUUUUUUCCUACGAAGGUUGUCUAAUACGUAUCUAUGUACUAAUUAACAGUGGUGUAGAACUGAAAUGAAUAAUGAUAGCAAGGGGGCAACAUGAUAAUCAUGGAAAAUAGUAUUUAUUUUUGGUUCAAGUAAUUCUUCAGUUAGUGUUUUUUGAAGAAAGGACUGAACUUCAAAUAAGAGAUUCCGAUAUACCGAAGCUAUUCCAUCCAUGUAACCAUGUUGGCGCCACAUACAUGACCUAAAAGUAUGAUCAUAGUAAUCAGGUACUGAUUACUAACAUCAUUACCGCAUUUCAACACUACGGUUGCAAAGAACUUUCUAGGUUAUGAAUAUGCCGUCUGCAAAAGUAUUAUGGGGAGCUUAGCCACCCAAACCGGCAUAAAAUUUUUAACAAGGCUCGGCCUCCCUGGGCUUCUACACCUCUGGUACUUAGAUAACUGUACAUCUUCCCCUUCUGCCCUUUGUUGGUUCCCAUAUUUAUUCUUGGCAUGUUUUUUUGUUCGCGCUACGAGGUUUCAGGCAAAGAUUUUCAUUAGGUAGUUAGAGUAGUCAAACUACUGUAUAGUAUAAUCAUUGCUGUCAUUACUAAAUUUUUCUUUCUAGUAUAUUUUUCAGUCUCGUAAGCACGUGGUACAAAAGUAAUUAAUCAGUUUUCCACAUGCCAGGUUGCCGAAGGUCACAGUGCUGUGGCGAAGAAUGCACGUAAUGCAAAAACAAGAUCUACUGAUGUCAAUGAACUGAGGAAAGAAAAUGGCGCUACACCAAAAUCCGCACCUCAACAAAGACCAAAUCAGAGCACGGCUCCAACUGCUAAGAACGUAGAUAGCAAGCCAAGACGGGUAUCCCCUCCCGGAAUCCCAAAUACAUCGGCUCCCCCCGAAUUUGAGUCAACAACAGCUGCUGUUCACCCACCUCCCUCGAGGCAACCUCAACCAGUCCAUAACCCGCCCCUUCCUCAGGAACAGGAAACCCCAUUUGUAACUCCCUUUUCAGGUCCACCAAACUCUAGUCAGCCCACUUCUCCAUUUGACGAUUCCCCGUUUGCACCAUCUUGGCCAACUGAAAGCCAACCCCCUGCCUUACCAUCGCGAUCGCGCCCCUCCAGCACCGGAACCCAAUCACCUUGGGGUAGGCAGGAUGGGGGCCCUCCCCCAGAACUGCCAAGUCGUGUCUUUCCGAGACGAUUAAGCGCUCCAAAUUCACCAGAAAACGGAUUUCCACCCGUAUUACCGAAACGCCGCACUUCAGAUUCAAGUAUUGGUUUCGGGGCAUUAGGUACUUCUGACGUUUCCCCGACUGGCCAACGACGUGAUUCUGGGGUUGAGCGUAAGUUAAGUGCCCCACCUGACUUAAUGGGAGCCGUUUCUCCAACACAUCCUCCAGCGAGGGCCACUCGCAGCUCAAGCUCGAGUGGAGAGAACUCCCCCACCCAUCAUCCCGUUUCCCGAGAUAUGGCAAAUGCCGCUGCUGUUUUGCUAUCAGGGGUAGACGACAUCCCGCCGCCAUUACCACGCAAAGGAAGACAACAACCUCCGGACAUUCCAGAAGAAGUAAUAGGACUUGACGAGGAUGAGGAGCUGAGACAGGGUCUGCGCGAUGAACCAAGAGUAUCGCUGACGUUAGAAGAUGAGGAUUGGUAUAUCCCUGCCGUUUCCAGGUAAUUAUUACACAAUGUCAUGUUCAAUACAUCGCAAUAAGUUCUUACUUUAAUAUUUUGUGGAUAAAGAAACUUGUUCUUAUUUUUCAAUUAACGUGUGAUGCAUAACUAAAUGCAGAUACUUUUCGUGUAAUAUAAAAAUUUAUCUGUACGAUACUUCUUGACAUCAUUAUUUAAAAAUACUAUAUAACAGUUAUAUUAAUUAAAACGAAACACAGUAAAGUAUGAAACCCUCAUUGAAACGAAACGAAAAUAGCAAUAGUAUUGAACCCUCACUAAAGUUGGAAGCCAGAAAUAAUAAAUAUGUAUCACUUGUGCCCAAAUUUUAGGGAGAUCGUAACUGAAAUGCUGGAAACUUCAGACAUAGGGACAUUCUUUGUUCGUGACAGUCAAAGUCGUCCAGGAUGUUAUGCGUUGACUAUGAAAGUCAUCAAAAGUGAAAAUAAUCCUACUGGGUUUGGAAACUACUUGAUCGCCCCUGAAGCUGAUGGAUUCGCACUACAGGUAAGGCUAAGUACUUUUUUCAAGUAGUUCAGUAAAGACAAAUGAUGGCAACUUGUUGAACAAUGCUGUCUAAUCUACAGUCUGUUAGGUCUUAAAAUAUGUAUAGUGUUCACUCGAAAUUUCCAGCUGCAAAAACUCUCAAUAAUAUUCGAAUAUAAGCUGCCAUGAUUUAUUAGAGAGGUUCAGAUGUGACUUCCGCCACCACUACCUCUCGUUGGUUUAGAACGCAUCUGAUUGGUUGAUCGGAUAUGUCAAACGCACUGUGAUUGGUUAAUGGUCCCUUAAUGGUAUAGCGGUAGUGAAAAUCAAAUCUGAACCUCGCUAUUUUCCAUCAUCCGAUGUAUACCGUUUUGUUAUCAAGUGCCAUAUAUUUGUCAUUCAGUGUUCCUCAAAUGUCACUUGUUUACACACCAAUUCUACAGCCUCUCUUCUCCUUUAUAUAGGGUUUUGACAAAAUAUUUUCAGAUAUCUCCAGCUUAAUCCGUCACUACGCUUCCUACGACGACGGCUUGCCGUGUCGUUUGGUACUUGCUGGUUCCAAUCCUCUAUUUCAUGACGCUAAUGGUUAUCUGGUGGAAUUUAUGGACGAAGAAGACGAUAGAUAUGCUAGUCUAGCAAGUUGUACGUCCAUGAUUCGAGAAAUCAAUAUGAAUGACCCAUGGUAAAAUAAUAAAAGUCAGUAUCCCAGGUUUUUCAUAUAGAGCAAAAACACAUAGUUCAUAUUAUAGAAACGUACUUAUUUGACCAAGACUUUUUGCAUUGGACGUAUUGCAAUUGUUGCAUUGGACGUAUGGUCAUUAAGUAUGGACGAAUUCUGUAUCUAUGCAAACUUGUGGGGUCCAAAAGAUGAAUUAUUCUAAACGAUUUUUUAAUACGUAAAAUAGAAUAUUUUGUGAGCCAAAUCUAUUUCCCUUAAAUCAGUAAACCAGGCUUUUUGUUCAAUAUUCAAUUUUUUAUGAUACUCUUAUAGGUGUUGAUAUUAUUACGAGUUUUAUGCGCAAUACAUGAAGUUGUAUAACGUCUAUUAACCAUGGUUGUAUUUUUCAGUUAGGAUGAAUAAAAUUAUUCUCAAUGUAAUUAAUAUUUAAUUCAGUUUCAUGUUUUAAUAAAUUAUACACAACAUUUGUAUAUCGUUUUUAAUCCAUUGCUAUAAACAGUUUCUAAAUUUAAGCUACAUGUACGAAAGUUGUUCACAUUUUGCUACAGGCUACUUUAUGCAGAUAGCGAUAACUUCAUAAAGCAUGCAGCAAGAAAAGUUCAGGUAAACUAGGUAUUGGAAAGCUAGUGCGAUUUCUAGGAGAUUGUACACCACGAUUGUCGGGCGGUCGUCGUCCCACCUUCGUUUUCAUCAUCGUCGUCCGACGACGAGUCGCGGUUUUCGUCAUCUGAUUCGUCACUUGACUCCGUGUCGAUCUGUUCCGUGCUACUAUAUCGUUUUAUGUGUUUUGAUGUAAUGAACGACGAAUCACCGUCCGACCUAAAGCAAACAAAAAAUAAC